AUGUGGACGCGUACUCUUUCUCCCCUCAAGCCCUGCGCUCUGCUUGCCUUGGCAGCUUCCCUCAUCAUGUCUACCGAAGCCUUCCCCGUCGAAGAGCGAGCAGUCGUCGCGAAGAAGCCUUGGGUGCCGGCCAUCGGCACGACGUGGCAGAUUGUGCUCAACGCGCCGCUCAAGAUUGAUCCCAAGAAGCCUGUCGUCACACCCGACGUUGCCGUCUACGACAUUGACCUGUUCGACAACACGGCCGAGACCAUCGCGGCGCUGCACAAGCUCAACAAGAAAGUCAUCUGCUACUUCAGCGCCGGAACCUACGAGGAAUGGCGGCCAGACGCCAAAAAGUUCGCCAAGGCCGACUUUGGCAAACCCAUGGACGACUGGCCAGGUGAGCGCUGGCUCCAGAUCAAGAACCCCAAUGUCCGGAACAUUAUGGCCCAGAGGAUCAAGCUCGCCGCCGACAAGGGCUGCGACGCCAUCGACCCCGACAACGUAGACGGUUAUUCCAACAACAACGGCCUUGGUCUCACAAAGGCCGACACGAUUGAUUUCGUCAAGUUUCUCUCCAGCGAGGCGCGCAAGUACGGUCUCAGCAUCGCGCUCAAGAACGCUGGCGAGAUCAUCCCUCAGGUCAUCAAGUUUGUCGACUUUCAGGUGAACGAGCAGUGCGUCAAGUACAACGAGGCCAGCACCUUUGCGGCCUUCAUCCAGGCCGGCAAGGCCGUGUUUCACAUCGAGUACCCCGACGGUGCGCCGGGCUCUGUGAGCUCCAAGGCCAGGUCGUCCAUCUACGCCGCUCCCGGGACGGAGAAAUUCAGCACGCUCAUCAAGACGAUGGAUCUCGACGGAUGGGUGCAGACUCGCGACGGUAAGCAGUACACCACCAAGACUGGGUACUGA